AAAAUCUUGAAGAUGGAAAAGCAGUUUAUUGGGCUUAAAGUUGAAGUAAUACUCCGUGACAAUACUAUUGUUCAGGGACAAAUGACGGAUAUUGACGCAGUGAAUCGUUGUCUUUUUCUUAAAAAUGUAUAUUGUAAAACAACAGGGAAAUUUGUACCUGAAAUGCAAAUAGAAGGGGUUAAUAUUAAAGAUUUGAACUUUAUAACAUCAUUUGAUGUGAAGAAAAAAAAGUCUUUUACUUUUAUUGAUCCUGCAAUUAUUUCAAUAUCAAAUAAUUUGUCUAAUAUGACGACUAAGGAAUCUUCAAAAAAGUCGAAAAAAGAUACAACGUUACCAUCUCUUUCCUCACGUUUACAUAAAAAUAGUAAAAGUUAUGGGUUGUGUAAUUAUAGAUCUAGGGAUUCUUCAAAUAUUCAUGCUUAUAAUAUGAAAAAUAUGCAUAAAAGGGAUAGGUCGUACAUGAAUGCUUUGCAAAAAGAAUCUCCUCAAUUUAAGCACACAAAUCAUGACAAUUGGGUUAAUGAAGAUGUGAAUAGAUAUCGUGAUGAGGAAUUUGAUUUUCAGGGAAAUCUUGGAAGAUUUGAUAAGCAUAAAGUAUUUUCAGAAAUUCGUAAGUCAAAUCUGAUAUCUUCGACUUCACUAUCGGCUUCAAGCAACUGUUUAUCUAAAGUGGAGUUAUCUAGUGAUGUAGCUGCUACUAAUUUAGUUAUAAAUAAAAAAAAUGCCUCUUUAAACGAGAGCAAUUGUUUUUUAAAAAUGAAUGGCAAUGAGAAUACACCGAGCAGUGGUUUUCCCUCUUCUAGUCAUUUGUCAUCCGAUAGUUAUGACGAGAAAGGGGUUUACCAACAAAAAUUGAAAAAUCAGCGUUCCAACAAUCAGCAUACUUUGUCUAAUCUUGAUAAAAUUAGUAGAAGAAAUAAAAAAAUACGAAAUACAAAGAAUAAUUUGGAAUGUCCUUGUAUAAAGUCAUCUAAGAUGAUUGAAGCAGAAUAUAUUUCAACUUUUGACACAGGGGUUUCGAAUGACGCUAUAGUGGAGAAUGCAGCAAGAGGAAUAUCGUUUUUAGUUUCUCAACUUCUUGAUUUUUCAAGAUUUAGUCAAAAAAAAAGCAUUUCUCCUGCUAUUAUAAUUUUAGCUGGCAAUAAUCAGACAGGGAUUUAUGCUAUUGCAUCUGGAAGACAAUUGUGUAACCAUGGAGUAAAAGUAAUGAUUGUUGUUCUUGAGGAAAAUCCAAGCAAACGAAUAUUAUCUUAUUUGAAAGGGUUUUCUAAUGCUGGAGGAAAAAUUGUUUCUUCAGAAGAAUUAUUUAGGGCUAUUAAAUCAUUUUCUGUUCUUCCUGGAUUAAUUAUUGAUGCUAUUUUUGGUUGUCAUUGUUCGUUUACUGAUAUUAUGGAUGAUAAUCUUCGUAAUAGAAUUUGUACCCUUAUUGAUUGGGCAAAUCAAUAUCAGUCAGAUAUUUUAUCUCUUGAUUUACCAUCUGGUUUAGAUAUCGUUACAGGUGCACCUCUUGCUUCUUCGCAUUUUAUCCAGUCAAAAUGGAUUUUAUCUCUUGGUAUUCCUAAAACAGGGCUUCUUUUUGCUCUUAAAUCAAAGCGUGUACCAAAAGAAUUGUUUUUAGCUGAUAUAGGAAUUCCUCAAAAAGUCUGGAAAAAGGUUGGUAUUUCAAAACGUGCUAGAUCAUUGUGGGCUGGUCAAGAUUGGGUUAUAAAACUUGACUUUUCAUAAAAAAACAUAAAUAUUCUUUAGACUUCUGC